AUGAAACGCAGGCUCGAGUUCCUGACUCCUGAGGUAUUUUUUUCUAUCUCUCUCUUCUCGAGAAGCUCAUUGUUUCCCUUUCGUACCGAGGCUUCCACAGGCUUCGACUCGAUGAUUGAAUUCCAACCGUCGGAAUCCUCCGGUAACCCCACCGCCCCCACCAAUUCGUCGCUCACCGAGCGACGAGCGACGAGAUUGUCCCACCAGGGCAUUAGUCGUGUCAAUUGUGUAGAAGGCAAGAAUCCAUCUUCCGACAAGGACUUAGGAGAUGGCAGCUUUUGCGACUGUCCGUACCAUCAAUCCCAUCUGCUUUCCUCCUCUUGGCUGGCUGGCUGGUUGGCAAGCAUGCGGUCCUUCUCCAUGUAUGCCUUCAUCCUCUCCUCGAGUAGCUCGAGCGAGCGAGGCCGUGGGCCGUUGGUCGACGGAGACGUCUCCGCAGAACCGAAACACCAUCCGGGUGCUGACGCGGCCGACACAUCCGAGAUGCUGUGCCGGUCUUUGUGCUGGUACAGGCCUUACCGGCUGGGCCGUUCGACGGUCCGCAGCCGUGACUCAUUUAUCGAAUCACCGUCGAGGAGUCGAGGAAGGCCGGGGGAGGUCGGAAUCUACUGCCAGUGGGCUACUUGCGAGUACAUACAUGCAUACAGCAGUAAUCAGUGCCGUCCUCCGCUCAGCUGGCAAGAUGACGAGUCAAUACCGGUAGUUACUGGUUAUCCCUUGAGCGCUGACGGCGGCGGAUAUCAUGUUCACGAUUCGCAGAGCAUUGUUUGCACGUACGUACAAAUGUACGAAUAUCCUGGGUACGCCGACGAUGCCCUACCCGUCACCGGAGAUCUAGAACAGCGGCACAUACCUACCGGUCCGAGUCAUGCGGCGGAGUCGACGCCGCAACCGCAACCGCCAAACCGCCGUCGGUGCGGUGGCCUCGUAGACGCCCAGCGCGUAGGUAGUGACAAUGAUACAUCUCUACCGCCCAAUUGGGCGGCCGGAGCACUGCGCACUCUACUCCUCAUACAUACUCUCUUUAGCGGAGGUAUUCCGGCCGUGCAGAUCCGGGGCCGCCGGGGCAGCCGGGGCACCCGGAAGGAGCGCACGUGGACGUUCGACAUGUUCUGUGUAGAGUACCGCCCAGUGUCCCGGGAGAUACGGAGGCGGAGGACCGUCGCGAACUGA